AUGGCGUCUCUGCUAUGGCUCUGCGUCCUAGCAGCCGUCAUUCACCCCUCAUCCGCUGCCAAACAAACCUACAUUGUGCAAAUGAAGCACCACCAAAAACCCACAUCAUACCUCACCCAUUCCGAUUGGUACUCCCAUCACCUACAAGCUCUCACCUCCGCCACCCAUGACGCCCUACUCUACACCUACACCACCGCCUACCACGGCUUCGCCGCUUCUUUAGAUCCUCAACAGGCUCAAGCACUUCGGGAAUCGGAUUCCGUCCUCGGAGUUUACGAGGACACAGUUUAUCAGCUUCACACCACCCGAACCCCGGAGUUUUUAGGGAUAGAGAACGAGUUGGGAUUCCUGACCGGUCAAACGCCUCAACAAUUCAGCGUUGCUAGCAACGACGUCAUCAUCGGAGUGCUUGAUACCGGAGUUUGGCCUGAGUCGAAGAGCUUUGACGACUCCGGGAUGCCCGCCGUGCCGACGAGGUGGCGAGGUGAGUGCGAAGAAUAUGAAGAUUUCAAGGCGACCUUAUGCAAUAAGAAACUGGUAGGUGCCCGGAAGUACUACUACGGGUUUCGUAAGGCAGCCGAAGUAGAGAUAAUGAAAGAAAAACCCACACCCCGUGACUUAAAUGGCCACGGCACUCAUACGUCAUCUACAGCGGCGGGGUCUCAGGUGGGUAACGCCACUCUGUUUGGGUAUGCUACCGGCACGGCGCGUGGAAUGGCGGUCCACGCAAGGGUUGCUUCUUACAAAGUCUGUUGGAGAUUAGGCUGUUUCAGUUCCGAUAUCCUUGCUGCCAUGGACCAGGCCAUCUCCGAUGGUGUAAAUGUGUUAUCAAUGUCUCUCGGCGCCGGUUCUAUGCCUUAUUAUCACGACCCGAUUGCAAUCGGCGCGUUUAAGGCUAUGGAAAUGGGUGUGUUCGUGUCGUGUUCCGGUGGAAACUCGGGCCCUGCAAAGUCGUCAAUUUCCAACGUCGCGCCAUGGAUAAUGACAGUCGGUGCCGGGACUCUCGACCGCGACUUCCCGGCUUACGCUGUGUUAGGAAACGGCAAACGGGUUACCGGCGUAUCCUUGUACAGUGGGAAAGGAAUGGUGGAUAAACCGGUGGAAUUGGUUUAUAACGCCGGUAAACGGAAUAACAGUUCGAGUAAAUUGUGUCUACCCGGGUCGCUUGAAUCUGAUCUCGUCCGUGGUAAGGUGGUUUUCUGUGACAGAGGACUGAACCCUCGAGCGGAAAAGGGUAUCGUGGUGAAGGAAGCCGGCGGGGUCGGAAUGAUACUAGCGAACACGGUGGCGAAUGGGGAGGAACUGGUGGCGGACAGCCAUGUAUUACCAGCGGUAGCGGUGGGGCGAAAGGUCGGCGACGAGAUCAGGAAGUACCUGAAAACAGAGGCGAAACCGACAGCGGUAUUAAGCUUUGGUUGGACUGUGUUGGGGGUGAAGCCAUCGCCGGUGGUGGCAGCGUUUAGCUCGCGUGGUCCUAACAAGAUAACACCUGAGAUACUGAAACCAGACGUGAUCGGACCUGGAGUUAACAUUUUGGCUGGAUGGUCCGGCGCUAGCGGACCUACCGGAAUAAGUUCCGAUGACCGGAUAACACAGUACAACAUAAUGUCAGGCACCUCCAUGUCCUGCCCACAUAUCAGCGGCUUAGCAGCACUCCUGAAAGCGGCACAUCCCAAAUGGAGCACAAGCGCCAUCAAGUCCGCCCUCAUGACCACCGCAUACACAGUGGACAACACGAAAUCGCCGCUACGUGAUGCCGCCGGAGGCCAAGCUUCUACACCUUGGGCCCAUGGAGCAGGUCAUGUGGACCCACAUAAAGCGAUUUCUCCGGGGCUUGUGUAUGAUAUAUCAACGAAAGAGUAUAUCGCGUUUUUGUGUUCCUUGGGGUACACCAUGAAGCAGGUGGAAGCGGUGGUGAACCGGCCGAAUGUUACUUGUAGCCGGAGAUUUAGGGAUCCGGGUCAACUGAACUACCCUUCGUUUUCGAUUGUUUUUGGGGAGUCGAGGGUGGUGAGAUACACGCGGCGGUUGACGAAUGUUGGACCGGUGGGGGAUGUAAGUUAUGAGGUGGAAGUGGAAGCACCUGAAGGUGUUGAAGUAAUGGUGAGACCAGAGAGGGUUGUUUUCAAGGAGGUGGGAGAGAGGGUGAGGUAUACUGUUACCUUUGUGUUGAAGAAGAAGAAGAAGAAGAAGGGUAGAGGUGGUCAUGGUUUUGGCUCUAUAACUUGGAAGAAUGGUGAAAACCGAGUUAGGAGCCCUGUUGCAUUUACUUGGGUAUAG